AUGGCAAAAGCAGAUGGAGAUGUGGAAAAAGACGUCUCCCAUAACUUGCUCCGGGCGCUGGACGUCGGGCUCCUGGCGAACCUCUCGCAACUGUCAGAGCUGGAUAUAAGCAACAACAAGAUUUCUACGCUAGAAGAAGGAAUAUUUGCUAAUUUAUUUAAUUUAAGUGAAAUAAACCUGAGUGGGAACCCGUUUGAGUGUGACUGUGGCCUGGCGUGGCUGCCGCGAUGGGCAGAGGAGCAGCAAGUGCGGGUGGUGCAGCCCGAGGCGGCCACGUGUGCUGGGCCUGGCUCCCUGGCUGGCCAGCCUCUGCUCGGCAUCCCCUUGCUGGACAGUGACUGUGGUGAGGAGUAUAUCGCGUGCCUCCCUGACAACAGCUCAGGCACUGUGGCAGCAGUGGCCUUUUCAGCUGCCCACGAAGGCCUACUUCAGCCAGAGGCCUGCAGCGCUUUCUGCUUCUCCACUGGCCGGGGCCUUGCGGCCCUCUCGGAGCAGGGCUGGUGCCUGUGUGGGGCAGCCCAGCCCUCCAGUGCCCCCUUCGCCUGCCUGUCCUUCUGCUCUGGCCCCCCGCCGCCUCCUGCGCCCGACUGUGGGGGCCCAACCCUCCUCCAGCAUGUCUUCCCUGCCUCCCCAGGGGCUGCCCUGGUGGGGCCCCAUGGACCCCUGGCCUCUGGCCAGCUAGCAGCCUUCCACAUCGCUGCCCCGCUCCCUGUCACUGCCACACGCUGGGACUUCGGAGAUGGCUCCCCCGAGGUGGAUGCCGCUGGCCCGGCUGCCUCGCACCGCUAUGUGCUGCCUGGGCGCUAUCAUGUGACGGCUGUGGUGGCCCUGGGGGUCGGCUCAGCCCUGCUGGGGACAAAUGUGCAGGUGGAAGCGGCACCUGCUGCCCUGGAGCUUGUGUGCCCGUCCUCGGUGCAGAGUGACGAGAGCCUCAAACUCAGCAUCCAGAACCGUGGCGGUUCAGGCCUGGAGGCUGCCUACAGCAUCGUGGCCCUGGGUGAGGAGCUGGCCCGAGUGGUGCACCCGCUUUGCCCCUCGGACACGGAGAUCUUCCCUGGCAACGGGCACUGCUACCGCCUGGUGGUGGAGAAGGCAGCCUGGCUGCAGGCACAGGAGCAGUGCCGGGCCUGGGCUGGGGCCGCCCUGGCCAUGGUGGACAGUCCCGCCGUGCAGCGCUUCCUGGUCUCCCGGGUUACCAGGAGCCUGGACGUGUGGAUCGGCUUCUCGACUGUGCAGGGGGCGGAGGCGGGCCUGGCGCCGCAGGGCGAGGCCUUCAGCCUGGAGAGCUGCCAGAACUGGCUGCCCGGGGAGCCACACCCAGCCACAGCUGAGCACUGCGUCCGGCUCGGGCCUACCGGGUGGUGCAACACCGACCUGUGCUCAGCGCCACACAGCUACGUCUGCGAACUGCGGCCUGGAGGCCCAGUGCAGGAUGCCGAGAACCUCCUCGUGGGAGCACCCAGUGGGGACCUGCAGGGACCCCUGACGCCUCUGAUACCGCAGGAUGGCCUCUCAGCCCCGCAUGAGCCCGUGGAGGUCAUGGUAUUCCCGGGCCUGAGUCUGAGCCACGAAGCCUUCCUCACCACAGCCGAAUUUGGGACCCAGGAGCUCCGGCGGCCUGCCCAGCUGCGACUGCAGGUGUACCGGCUCCUCAGCACGGCAGGGACCCCGGAGAACGGCAGCGAGCCUGAGAGCAGGUCCCCGGACAACAGGACCCAGCUGGUCCCCGAGUGCAUGCCGGGGGGACGCUGGUGCCCUGCAGCCAAUGUCUGCGUGCCGCUGGACGCCUCCUGCCAUCCCCAGGCCAAUGGCUGCACGUCAGGGCCGGGGCUGCCCGGGGCCCUCUAUGCGCUAUGGAGAGAGUUCCUCUUCUCCGUUCCUGCGGGGCCCCCCGCGCAGUACUCGGUCACCCUCCAUGGCCAGGAUGUCCUCAUGCUCCCUGGUGACCUCGUUGGCUUGCAGCACGACGCUGGCCCUGGCGCCCUCCUGCACUGCUCGCCGGCUCCCGGCCACCCUGGCCCCCAGGCCCCGUACCUCUCUGCCAACGCCUCGGCCUGGCUGCCCCACUUGCCAACCCAGCUGGAGGGCACUCGGGCCUGCCCUGCGUGUGCCCUGCGGCUGCUUGCAGCCACGGAACAGCUCACCGUGCUGCUGGGCCUGCGGCCCAACCCUGGGCUGCGGCUGCCUGGGCGCUAUGAGGUCCGGGCAGAGGUGGGCAAUGGCGUGUCCAGGCAUAACCUGUCCUGCAGCUUCAACGUGGUCUCCCCAGUGGCUGGGCUGCGGGUCAUCUACCCUGCCCCCCACAAUGGCCACCUAUACGUGCCCACCAAUGGCUCGGCCUUGGUGCUCCAGGUGGACUCUGGUGCCAACGCCACGGCCACGGCUCGCUGGCCUGGGGGCAAUGUCAGCACCCGCUUUGAGGCUGCCUGCCCUGCCCUGGUGGCCACCCUCCUGCCUGGCUGCCCCUGGGAGACCAACGAUACCCAGUUCUCAGUGGUAGCACUGCCGUGGCUCAGUGAGGGGGAGCACAUGGUGGAGGUUGUGGCGGAAAACAGUGCCAGCCGGGCCAACCUCAGCCUGCGGGUGACGGCGGAGGAGCCCAUCUGUGGCCUCCGUGCCACGCCCAGCCCUGAGGCUCGUGUGCUGCAGGGAGUCCUAGUGAGGUACAGCCCCGUGGUGGAGGCCGGCUCGGACGUGGUCUUCCGGUGGACCAUCAACGACAAGCAGUCCCUGACCUUCCAGAACGUAGUCUUCAAUGUCAUUUAUCAGAGCGCAGCGGUCUUCAAGCUCUCACUGACAGCCUCCAACCAUGUGAGCAACGUCACUGUGAACUACAACGUCACUGUGGAGCGGAUGAACAGGAUGCAGGGCCUGUGGGUCUCCACGGUGCCGGCCGUGCUGCCCCCCAAUGCCACGCUGGCACUGACGGCAGGCGUGCUGGUGGACUCGGCUGUGGAGGUGGCCUUCCUGUGGACCUUUGGGGAUGGGGAGCAGGCCCUCCGCCAGUUCCACCCUCCGUACAACGAGUCCUUCCCGGUUCCAGACCCCUCAGUGGCCCAGGUGCUGGUGGAGCAUAAUGUCACGCACACCUACGCUGCCCCAGGUGAGUACAUCCUGACCGUGCUGACGUCCAAUGCGUUUGAGAACCUGACGCAGCAGGUGCCUGUGAGCGUGCGCGCCGCCCUGCCCUCCAUGGCUGUGAGUGUGAGCGACAGUGUCCUGGUGGCCGGCCGGCCCAUCACCUUCUACCCGCAUCCACUGCCCUCACCUGGAGGUGUUCUUUACACGUGGGACUUUGGAGACAGCUCCCCUGUCCUGACCCAGAGCCAGCCGGCUGCCAACCACACCUACGCCUCGAGGGGCACCUACCGCGUGCACCUGGAGGUCAACAACACAGUGAGCAGUGCGCUGGCCCAGGCAGAUGUGCGUGUUUUCGAGGAGCUCCGCGGGCUCAGCGUGAACAUGAGCCUGGCCGUGGAGCAGGGAGCCCCCGUGGUGGUCAGCGCUGCGGUGCAGACUGGCGAUGACAUCACGUGGACCUUCGACAUGGGGGACGGCACCGUGCUGUCGGGCCCCGAGGACACAGUGGAGCAUGUGUACCUGCGGGCGCAGAACUGUACAGUGACUGUGGGUGCGGCCAGCCCUGCCGGCCGCCUGGCCCAGAGCCUGCACGUGCUGGUCUUCGUCCUGGAGGUGCUGCGCAUCGAGCCCGCCGCCUGCAUCCCCACGCAGCCCGACGCGCGGCUCACGGCCUACGUCACCGGGAACCCGGCCCACUACCUCUUUGACUGGACCUUUGGGGACGGCUCCUCCAACACAACCGUGCGGGGGCGCCCUACGGUGACGCACAACUUCACGCGGAGCGGCACGUUCCCCCUGGCGCUCGUGUUGUCGAGCCGCGCGAACAAGGCGCAUUACUUCACCAGCAUCUGCGUGGAGCCGGAGGUGGGCAACGUCACCCUGCAGCCAGAGAGGCAGUUUGUGCAGCUCGGGGACGAGGUCCGGCUCGUGGCCUGUGUCUGGCCCCCAUUCCCCUACCGCUACGCCUGGGACUUCGGCACUGAGGAAGCUGCCCCCGCCCGUGCUGGGGGCCCCGAGGUGGCAUUCACCUACCGAGACCCAGGCUCCUAUCUUGUGACAGUCACCGCGUCCAACAACGUCUCUGCUGCCAAUGACUCAGCCCUGGUGGAGGUGCAGGAGCCUGUGGUGGUCACGGACAUCAAGGUCAACAGCUCCCUCGUGCUGGAGCUGCAGCAGCCGUACCUGUUCUCUGCUGUCGGCCGUGGACGCCCCGCCAGCUACCUGUGGGAUCUGGGGGACGGUGGGCGGCUGGAGGGUCCGGAGGUCACCCACGCUUACAACAGCAUAGGCGACUUCACCGUCAGGGUGGCCGGUUGGAAUGAUGUGAGCCGCAGCGAGGCCUGGCUCAAUGUGACAGUGAAGCGGCGUGUGCGGGGGCUGGUUGUCAACGCCAGCCGCACGGUGGUGCCCCUGAAUGGCAGCGUGAGCUUCAGCACCUCGCUGGAGGCCGGCAAUGAUGUGCGCUAUUCCUGGGUGCUCUGUGACCGCUGCACACCCAUCCCUGGGGGCCCUACCAUUUCUUAUACCUUCCGCUCCGUGGGCACUUUCAGUAUCAUCGUCACGGCUGAGAACGAGGUGGGCUCUGCCCAGGACAGCAUCUUCGUCUACGUCCUGCAGCUCAUAGAGGGGCUGCAGGUAGUGGGCUGUGGCCGCUACUUUCCCACCAACCACACGGCACAGCUACAGGCUGUGGUCAGGGAUGGCACCAACAUCUCCUACAGCUGGACCGCUUGGUGGGAUAGGGGCCCGGCCCUGGCCGGCAGCGGCAAAGGCUUCUCGCUCACCGCGCUCGAGGCUGGCACCUACCACGUGCAGCUGCGGGCCACCAACAUGCUGGGCAGCGCCUGGGCCGACUGCACUGUGGACUUCGUGGAACCUGUGGGGUGGCUGAUGGUGACCGCCUCCCCGAACCCAGCUGCCAUCAACACAAGCGUCACCCUCUGUGCCGAGCUGGCUGGUGGCAGUGGUGUCCUGUACACUUGGUCCUUAGAGGAGGGUUUGAGCUGGGAGACCCCUGAGCCAUUUACCACCCACAGCUUCCCCACGCCCGGCCUGCACUUGGUCACUGUCACGGCAGGGAACCCGCUGGGCUCAGCCAGCGCCACCGUGGAAGUGGGCGUGCAGGUGCCUGUGAGUGGCCUCAGCAUCAGGGCCGGUGAGUCGGGAGGCAGCUUCGUGGCGGCUGGGUCCUCUGUGCCCUUCUGGGGGCAGCUGGCCACAGGCACCAAUGUGAGCUGGUGUUGGGCUGUACCCGGCGGCAGCAGCAAGCGUGGCCCUCACAUCACCAUGGUCUUCCCGGAUGCUGGCACUUUCUCUGUCCAGCUCAACGCCUCCAACGCAGUCAGCUGGGUCUCAGCCACACACAACCUCACGGUGGAGGAGCCCAUCGUGGGCCUGGUGCUGUGGGCCAGCAGCAAGGUGGUGGCGCCCGGGCAGCUCGUCCAUUUUCAGAUCCUGCUGGCUGCUGGCUCGGCCGUCACCUUCCGCCUGCAGGUCGGUGGGGCCAGCCCGGCGGUGCUCCCCGGGCCCCGUUUCUCCCACAGCUUCCCCCGUGUCGGAGACCACGUGGUGAGCGUGCAGGGCGAAAACCACGUGAGCUGGGCCCAGGCGCAGGUGCGCAUCGUGGUGCUGGAGGCUGUGAGUGGGCUGCAGGUGCCCAACUGCUGCGAGCCUGGCAUCGCCACAGGCACCGAGAGGAACUUCACAGCCCGUGUGCAGCGCGGUUCUCGGGUCGCCUACGCCUGGUACUUCUCACUGCAGAAGGUCCAGGGCGACUCGCUGGUUAUCUUGUCGGGCCGCGACGUCACCUACACGCCCGUGGCUGCAGGGCUGCUGGAGAUCCAGGUGCGCGCCUUCAACGCCCUGGGCAGCGAGAACCACACGCUGGUGCUGGAGGUCCAGGACGCCGUCCAGUAUGUGGCCCUGCGGAGCGGCCCCUGCUUCACCAACCGCUCGGUGUGGUUUGAGGCUGCCACCAGCCCCAGCCCCCGGCGUGUGGUCUACCACUGGGACUUUGGGGAUGGGGCCCCGGGGCAGGACACAGAUGAGCCCCGGGCCGAGCACUGCUACCUGAGGCCCGGGGACUACCGCGUGCAGGUGAACGCCUCCAACCUCGUGAGCUUCUUCGUGGCGCAGGCCACGGUGACUGUCCAGGUGCUGGCGUGCCGGGAGCCAGAGGUGGACGUGGUCCUGCCCCUGCAGGUGCUGAUGCGGCGCUCACAGCGCAACUACCUGGAGGCCCACGUUGACCUGCGUGACUGCGUCACCUACCAGACCGAGUACCGCUGGGAGGUGUACCGCACUGCCAGCUGCCAGCGGCCGGGGCGCCCAACCCGUGUGGCCUUGCCUGGCGUGGACGUGAGCCGGCCUCAGCUGGUGCUGCCGCGGCUGGCGCUGCCUGUGGGGCACUACUGCUUUGUGUUUGUCGUGUCAUUUGGGGACACGCCACUGGCACGGAGCAUCCAGGCCAACGUGACGGUGGCCCCCGAGCGCCUGGUGCCCAUCAUUGAGGGUGGCUCGUACCGCGUGUGGUCAGACACACAGGACCUGGUGCUGGAUGGGAGCGAGUCCUACGACCCCAACCUGGAGGAUGGCGACCAGACACCACUCAGUUUCCACUGGGCCUGUGUGGCUUCGACACAGAGGGAGGCUGGUGGGUGUGCCCUGAACUUCGGGCCCCGCGGGAGCAGCGUGGUCACCAUUCCACGGGAACGGCUGGCAGCCGGUGUGGAGUACACCUUCAGCCUCACCGUGUGGAAGGCCGGCCGCAAGGAGGAGGCCACCAACCAGACAGUGCUGAUCCGGCGUGGUCGGGUGCCCAUUGUGUCCUUGGAGUGCGUGUCCUGCAAGGCACAGGCUGUGUACGAAGUGAGCCGCAGCUCCUACGUGUACCUGGAGGGCCGCUGCCUCAACUGCAGCAGUGGCUCCAAGCGAGGGCGCUGGGCGGCACGUACCUUCAGCAACAAGACGCUGGUGCUGGAUGAGACCACCACCUCCACGGGCAGCGCAGGCAUGCGUCUGGUGCUGCGGCGGGGCGUGCUGCGGGACGGCGAGGGAUACACCUUCACGCUCACGGUGCUGGGCCACUCUGGCGAAGAGGAGGGCUGUGCCUCCAUCCGCCUGUCCCCCAACCGCCCGCCGUUGGGGGGUUCAUGCCGCCUCUUCCCGCUGGGCAACGUGCACGCCCUCACCACCAAGGUGCACUUCGAAUGCACAGGCUGGCAUGACGCGGAGGAUGCCGGCGCCCCACUGGUGUAUGCCCUGCUGCUGCGGCGCUGUCGCCAGGGCCACUGUGAGGAGUUCUGUGUCUACAAGGGCAGCCUCUCCAGCUACGGAGCCGUGCUGCCCCCGGGUUUCAGGCCACACUUCGAGGUGGGCCUGGCCGUGGUGGUGCAGGACCAGCUGGGAGCCGCUGUGGUCGCCCUCAACAGGUCUCUGGCCAUCGCCCUCCCAGAGCCCAGCGGCAGCACAACGGGGCUUACAGUCUGGCUGCAUGGGCUCACGGCCAGUGUGCUCCCAGGGCUGCUGCGGCAGGCCGACCCCCAACAUGUCAUCGAGUACUCCCUGGCCCUGGUCACUGUGCUGAAUGAGUAUGAGCAGGCCCUGGAUGUGGCGGCAGAGCCCGAGCACGAGCGGCAGCGCCGAGCCCAGAUACGCAAGAACGUCACGCAGACCCUGGUGUCCCUGCGGGUCCACACUGUGGAUGACAUCCAGCAGAUUGCUGCUGCACUGGCCCAGUCCAUGGGUCCCAGCAAGGAGCUCGUAUGCCGCUCAUGCCUGAAGCAGACGCUGCACAAGCUGGAGGCCAUGAUGCGUAUCCUGCAGGCAGAGACCACUGCAGGCACCGUGACGCCCACCGCCAUCGGAGACAGCAUCCUCAACAUCACAGGCGACCUCAUCCACCUGGCCAGCUCGGACGUGUGGGGGCCACAGCCCUCAGAGCUGGGGGCCGAGUCACCAUCACGGAUGGUGGCGUCCCAGGCCUACAACCUGACCUCCGCCCUCAUGCGCAUCCUCAUGCGCUCCCGCGUCCUCAACGAGGAGCCCCUGACGCUGGCGGGUGAGGAGAUUGUGGCCCAGGGCAAGCGCUCAGACCCGCGGAGCCUCCUGUGCUAUGGCGGUGCCCCAGGGCCUGGCUGCCACUUCUCCAUCCCCGAGGCCUUCAGCGGGGCCCUGGCCAACCUCAGCGACGUGGUGCAGCUCAUCUUUCUGGUGGACUCCAAUCCCUUUCCCUUCGGCUAUAUCAGCAACUACACCGUCUCCACCAAAGUGGCCUCAAUGGCGUUCCAGACACAGGCCGGGGCCCAGAUCCCCAUUGAGCGGCUGGCCUCAGAGCGCGCCAUCACUGUGAAGGUGCCCAACAACUCAGACUGGGCUGCCAGGGGCCACCGCAGCUCCGCCGACUCCGUUGUGGUCCAGCCCCAGGCCUCCGUCAGUGCUGUGGUCACCCUGGACAGCAGCAACCCUGCAGCUGGGCUGCACCUGCAGCUCAACUAUACGCUGCUGGACGGCCGCUACCUGUCUGAGGAACCUGAGCCCUACCUGGCAGUCUACCUGCACUCAGAGCCCCGGCCCAAUGAGCACAACUGCUCAGCCAGCAGGAGGAUCCGCCCAGAGUCACUGGAGGGUGCCGACCACCGGCCCUAUACCUUCUUCAUUGCCCCGGGGACUGGAGACCAGGCGGGGAGUUACCAUCUGAACCUCACCAGCCACUUCCGCUGGUCGGCGCUGAAGGUGUCUGUGGGCCUGUACACGUCCCUGUGCCAGUACUUCAGCGAGGAGGACAUGGUGUGGCGGACGGAGGGACUGUUGCCCCUGGAGGAGACCUCACCCCACCAGGCCGUCUGCCUCACCCGCCACCUCACCGCCUUCGGUGCCAGCCUCUUCGUGCCCCCAAGCCAUGUCCACUUCGUCUUUCCUGAGCCGACAGCGGGUGUAAACUACAUCGUCAUGCUGACAUGCGCUGUGUGCCUGGUGACCUACGCGGUCAUGGCCGCCAUCCUGCACAAGCUGGACCAGCUGGAUGCCAGCCGAGGCCGCGCCAUCCCCUUCUGUGGGCAGCGGGGCCGUUUCAAGUACGAGAUCCUCGUCAAGACAGGCUGGGGCCGGGGCUCAGGUACCACGGCCCACGUGGGUAUUAUGCUGUAUGGGGUGGACAGCCGGAGCGGCCACCGGCAUCUGGACGGUGACAGAGCCUUCCACCGCAACAGCCUGGACAUCUUCCAGAUCGCCACCCCGCACAGCCUGGGCAGCGUGUGGAAGAUCCGAGUGUGGCACGACAACAAAGGGCUCAGCCCCGCCUGGUUCCUGCAGCACGUCAUCGUCAGGGACCUGCAGACAGCCCGCAGCGCCUUCUUCCUGGUCAAUGACUGGCUGUCGGUGGAGACGGAGGCCAACGGGGGCCUGGUGGAGAAGGAGGUGCUGGUGGCGAGCGACGCAGCCCUGUUGCGCUUCCGGCGCCUGCUGGUGGCUGAGCUGCAGCGCGGCUUCUUUGACAAGCACAUCUGGCUCUCCAUAUGGGACCGGCCACCUCGCAGCCGCUUCACCCGCAUCCAGAGGGCCACCUGCUGCGUCGUCCUCAUCUGCCUCUUCCUGGGCGCCAACGCCGUGUGGUACGGGGCUGUUGGAGACUCUACCUACAGCGCGGGGCGUGUGUCCAGGCUGCGCCCGCUGAGUGUCGACACAGUUGCUGUUGGCCUGGUGUCCAGCGUGAUUGUCUAUCCCAUCUACCUGGCCGUCCUCUUUCUCUUCCGGAUGUCCCGGAGCAAGGUGGCUGGGGGCCUGAGCCCCACGCCUGCCAGGCAGCAGGUACUGGACAUCGACAGCUGCCUGGACUCAUCCGUGCUGGACAGCUCCUUCCUCACGUUCUCGGGGCUCCACGCUGAGGCCUUUGCGGGACAGAUGAAGAGUGACUUAUUUCUGGAUGAUUCUAAGAGCCUGGUGUGCUGGCCCUCCAGCGAGGGAACGCUCAGUUGGCCGGACCUGCUCAGCGACCCAUCCAUUGUGGGCAGCAACCCGCGGCAGCUGGCACCGGGCCAGGCGGGCCAUGGGCUGGGCCCAGAGGAGGACAGCUUCUCCCUGGCCAGCCCCUACUCGCCUGCGAAAUCCUCAGCAUCAGAUGAAGACCUGAUCCAGCAGGUCCUUGCCAAAGGGGUCAGCAGCCCGGCCCCCACCCAAGACACCCACAUGGAAACGGACCUGCUCACCAGCUUGUCCAGCACUCCUGGGGAGAAGACAGAGACGCUGGAGCUGCAGAGGCUGGGCGAGCUGGGGCCGCCCAGCCCGGGCCUGACCUGGGAACGGCCCCAGGCAGCGAGGCUCUCCAGGACAGGACUGGUGGAGGGUCUUCGGAAGCGCCUGCUGCCGGCCUGGUGCACCUCCCUGGCCCACGGGCUCAGCCUGCUCCUGGUGGCUGUGGCUGUGGCUGUCUCAGGGUGGGUGGGUGUCGGCUUCCCCCCGGGUGUGAGUGUUGCGUGGCUCUUGUCCAGCACCACCAGCUUCCUGGCUUCAUUCCUCGGCUGGGAGCCGCUGAAGGUCUUGCUGGAAGCACUGUACUUCUCACUGGUGGCCAAGCGGCUGCACCCUGAUGAAGAUGACACCCUGGUGGAGAGCCCGGCUGUGACACCCGUGUGCGCACGUGUGCCACGUGUACGCCCCCCCCACGGGUUUGCACUCUUCCUGGCCAAGGAGGAAGCCCGAAAGGUCAAGAGGCUACACGGCAUGCUGCGGAGCCUCCUGGUGUACAUGCUUUUUCUGCUGGUGACGCUGCUGGCCAGCUAUGGGGAUGCCUCGUGCCAUGGGCACGCCUACCGUCUGCAGAGCGCCAUCAAGCAGGAACUGCACAGCCGGACCUUCCUGGCCAUCACGCGGUCUGAGGAGCUCUGGCCAUGGAUGGCGCACGUGCUGCUGCCCUAUGUCCACGGGAACCAGUCCAGCCCAGAGCUGGGGCCUCCACGGCUGCGGCAGGUGCGGCUGCAGGAAGCACUCUGCCCAGACCCUCCCGGCCCCAGGGUCCACACUUGUUCAGCUGCGGGAGGCUUCAGCACCAGCGACUACGACGUUGGCUGGGAGAGUCCUCACAAUGGCUCGGGGACAUGGGCUUACUCUGCACCGGAUCUGCUGGGGGCAUGGUCCUGGGGCUCCUGUGCAGUGUAUGACAGCGGGGGCUACGUGCAGGAGCUGGGCCUGAGCCUGGAGGAGAGCCGCGACCGGCUGCGAUUCCUGCAGCUGCACAACUGGCUGGACAACAGGAGCCGCGCUGUGUUCGUGGAGCUCACGCGCUACAGCCCGGCCGUGGGGCUGCACACCAGCUUCGACCAGGUGGCGCAGCUGAGCUCUGCAGCCCGUGGCCUGGCGGCCUCGCUGCUUUUCUUGCUCUUGGUCAAGGCCGCUCAGCAGCUACGCUUCGUGCGCCAGUGGUCCGUCUUUGGAAAGACGUUAUUCCGGGCUCUGCCUGAGCUCCUGGGGGCCACCUUGGGCCUGGUGGUGCUCGGGGUAGCCUACGCCCAGCUGGCCGUUCUGCUCGUGUCCUCCUGCGUGGACUCCCUCUGGAGUGUGGCCCAGGCCUUGCUGGUGCUGUGCUCUGGGACCGGGCUCUCUACCCUGUGUCCUGCCGAGUCCUGGCACCUGUCACCACUGCUGUGUGUGGGGCUCUGGGCGCUGCGGCUGUGGGGCGCCCUACGGCUGGGGGCUGUCAUCCUCCGGUGGCGCUACCACGCCCUGCGUGGAGAGCUGUAUCGGCCGGCCUGGGAGCCCCAGGACUAUGAGAUGGUGGAGCUGUUCCUGCGCAGGCUGCGCCUCUGGAUGGGCCUCAGCAAGGUCAAGGAGUUCCGCCACAAAGUCCGCUUUGAAGGGAUGGAACCGCUGCCCUCUCGCUCCUCCAGGGGCUCCAAGGUAUCCCCGGAUGUGCCCCCACCCAGCGCUGGCUCCGAUGCGUCGCACCCCUCCACCUCCUCCAGCCAGCUGGAUGGGCUGAGCGUGAGCCUGGGCCGGCUGGGGACGAGGAGUGAGCCCGAGCCCUCCCGCCUCCAAGCCGUGUUUGAGGCCCUGCUCACCCAGUUUGACCGACUCAACCAGGCCACAGAGGACGUCUACCAGCUGGAGCAGCAGCUGCACAGCCUGCAAGGCCGCAGGAGCAGCCGGGCCCCCGCCGGACCUUCCCGUGGCCCAUCCCCGGGCCUGCGGCCAGCACUGCCCAGCCGCCUGGCCCGGGCCAGUCGAGGUGUGGACCUGGCCACUGGCCCCAGCAGGACACCUCUGUGGGUCAAGAACAAGGUCCACCCCAGCAGCACUUAGGCCCGUUCCCUGGUGGGGAUGGGCUGUGGAGUCAGAGUGGACACCGCUCAGUAUUACCUUCUGCCACCCUCAAGGCCUCGGGCCAGGCAGAAUGGCUGCACGCAGGUUCCCCAGAGAGCAGGCAGGGGUGUCUGUCUGCCUGUGGGCUUCAGCACUUUAAAGAGGCUGUGUGUCCAACCAGGACCCAGGGUCCCCUCCCCGGCUCCCUGGGGGAGGACACAGCAGUAUUGGAUGUUUUCUAGCCUCUGAGAUGCUAAUUUAUUUGCCCGAGUCCUCAGGUACAGCGGGCUGUGCCCGGCCCCACCCCCUGGGCAGAUGUCCCCCAUCGCUAAGGCUGCUGGCUUCAGGGAGGGUUAGCCUGCGCCGCCGCCACCCUGCCCCUAAGUUAUUACCUCUCCUGUUCCUACCGUACUCCCCGCAUCGUCUCACUGUGUCUCGUGUCAGUAAUUUAUAUGGUGUUAAAAUGUAUAUAUUUUUGUAUGUCACUAUUUUCACUAGGGCUGAGGGGCCUGGCAGCUGAAACUGGGCCCUGCGCCCAGAGCUGGCCUCCCCAACACCUUGGUAGGUGUGGCGGGGCUACGGCAGCCCGGCUGCUGCUUGGAUGCGACCAUGGCCCUGGGCCAGUGCUGGGGGCACAGCUGUCCCCCAGGCACUCUCAUCACCCCAGAGGCUUUGUCAUCCUUCUUGCCCUAGGCCAGGUAGUGAGAGAGCAGCGCCCAGGCCUGCUGGCAUCGGGUCUGGGCAAGAAGCAGGACUAGGCAUGUCAGAGGACCCCAGGGUGGUUAGAGAAAAAGACUCCUCCUGGUGGCUGGCUCCCAGGGUGGAGGAAGGUGAGCGUGUGCGUGUGUGCGCGUGUGUGCUGUGUGGCCCGGGCAGCCCCAGGGCCCUCGGGGUUGGCUGCGCCUGCUUUUGUGUACCACUUCUGCGGGCACGGCUGCUGCUAGAGCCUCAACCUCCCCCCACCCAACCCCCGCACCAAGCAGACAAAGUCAAUAAAAGCGCUGUCUGACUGCA